AAGGCAGAGAACGGAAGAGGGAGCAAAAAACGACGUGUUCAGUGGCAGAGGCACCAACGCCGACGGAGCCCCCAAAGCGACCUCUGCCCCGACCCACCAGCACCACCGCGAGCUCUGGAGCAGCCGCUCGGGAAAGACUUGAGGGGACGGCGCGGGGCACGAGGGAAAGCUGAGGGGAGGGAGUCGCGAGAGGAACGACGCGAGAGCCCGCACGCUGAGGGCUGGGAACUGCCAGGAGAGAAGUGAAGCGGGCGGCCCGCGAAAGAGCAGAGCGGAGAAGGGUCGCGGGAGGAUUAAGGAACACCCGGGAUUGCCCGGUGGGAAAAGCUGAGGGGAUUUCUGAAUCCUGGGGAGAGGAGAAAGAUUUCCAAAGAGGACGCGUGGGUAGGGACGCUUAGCCCGUGAUCCGAGAGAGGAAUUGGAGCGCUCCGAGGGAGGGGCUUAAGGGGGAAGCUUUAGAUAAAAGAGCCUGUACGGGAGAAGCUAAGGGAAUUGCAAAAGGAGCAGGAGCUAAAGAGUAGAGGAUCCUUCAGACUGGAGAAAGGGAAAACUAGAGAAGUUCCCGAGGCACCUUGCAGCCUGCCUCCUCCCCACUUCAGACUCCUCUCCCUUCCCCGAAAGUUAAAGAGAAAGCCAAGGUUGCUGCUUCUCCCCGGUUUCUACUCAAUAAAUACUACUUUUACCCUCCCACGGGAAAACAGAAAAGAACUCAUUUCCUUCUCAGUUUUCGGGCUUAGAAAAGAUCGAGGCCUCACAAUUUGAUUUUUAGCCUGGGAGAAUCAAACUAGGGAGGGUAUUGCUCUAUUUUCAAAAUCCCACACCUCAUCCUUCCCCGGACGCCAUGUCUACGAGCAACUGUAGUUUCAAUGACCGGCGCGUGUCCAUCCUGUGUUGCAAAUUCUGUAAACAAGUGCUCAGCUCUAGGGGAAUGAAGGCUAUUUUGCUGGCUGACACUGAAAUAGAACUUUUCUCUACAGACAUCCCUCCUACCAAUGCAGUGGACUUCAUUGGAAGAUGCUAUUUCACUGAAAUUUGCAAAUGUAAACUGAAGGACAUCGCAUGUUUAAAAUGUGGGAACAUUGUAGGUUAUCAUGUGAUUGUUCCAUGUUGUUCCUGCCUUCUCUCCUGCAACAAUGGACACUUCUGGAUGUUUCACAGCCAGGCAGUUUAUGGUAUUAACAGACUAGACUCUACUGAGUCUCUCCAGCAUGGAAAUCCACUAGGUGGAGCAAAGGACCAGGAAUUAGCUGACCGGGAGCGCUCACAAGCAAAUUUGCAGCUAUUCCUUUUCCUCUACAAAACUUAGACAAAGGCUGGGGGAAAUUUGGGUUUCUGAAACUGCUUCAGAUCAAAUGUUCCUUGCUCAUUAAAAUGGAUAGUAGUCCAAAGAGGAAAGAAACUCAGCUUUGCUGAGCUGGACACGAUUACUAAACACACAGGAGGCACACCCGACUUGGACUCUUUCCCCAUGGCUUGGCUCACUUUACACAUUUCCUUUCUGCUUUCAUUGGUGGCAGAUGGAAUUUGGGGCAGACCUCUUACCCAGGCUCCCGUAGUCCAAAAAUCCUAUGCUUAGAUCAUGCAUAUUUUUCCUGCCUGUGAUAACCCUCCUAAAGUUCUGGUAUCAACCUGGUUUCUAUUUGAAUAUGUUCUCUUUGAUUCUAGGCCCUUGGAUUAACACUUCCUUCCUUAGAUUCCAAUCUUGCCUUUUUUCUGCACUUAUGGGUUGUUGGUUAGCUGAGCAGGGGCCAGGAACUUGACUGAUAUUUAUUUGAGGACUUUUAAGGUGUAAAAAAGGACUAUCCUCAGUCCCCCAUCAGAUUUUUGUCCCUUUUGCAAAGCAUACUCAGUAUGCCUUUGCAUUCAAAUUGCAGGGGUUAAAUGUCUUGUGUCUCAAUCCACAUCUACCAGUGGAAGACAUGGUUUUGUUUAUAUAUUAUUGUCAUCAUUCCAGACCCACACAAGUCCAAACACUUGCAGAUGAAAUGAUGGAGGUAAAUUCCAAAUCCAAAAUUAUCCUGUUUUCCAUGGCUAUGAUUCUAUGGCAGGAUAAUUUAUUGAAAUAUGAAUUUCUCUGUUUUCUUCCUAUAUUUUCUCUUCUCCUUUGAUGUAAGCAAGUUAGAUAGGCCCUCAGUAGUUUCUCACCUUAGAGAUUUUUUGCAGAAUGAUCUCGCUGUCUUUAGAUAAAACCUGAGUUCAUUGAAGAGAGUAUUCUCCAUGCCUUUGAAGGCAGCAGGAAAAGGGAAGGAGAAAACCUCCCAAGAAUAUGAAGAAGCUUGAAAUGUAGAGGUGGGAGUGGGUAAGACUACACGCUGUGCCUGGAGAGUCUUGAACUGGGUCAGUGGACAUCUCCGCAGUGACCAGGGUUGGCUGACAACUGUCAGGGUCUCAACCAGGCAAGACCCCAGGACCUUGCACAACCCUUGGAGAGGGGAGCCCCAGUAAUGACUACGAUUAUAUUUUCUUCCAAUAAAGCUGGAUGGGGGCUCAGAAUCCGUUUUAAGUUGACUCAAAGAAAAUAUAAACGUCCUUGCACAUCUGAGUUUGUUUUCUAAGUUUUGUAUUGGCUACAGUAUAAUUAAGUUUGUCAUGGAAGUCUGAGAUUGCAUAGGAGCAGUAGAACAUGAUGGUUAAGACUCUGGUCUUAGAACAAAUGUGCCUGUGUUCAAAUCUCAGCUCUGUCACUGAUUAGGUGUGAAUCCUAUUCAGUCUUUCUCUACCACAAUUUUCCCACUCUGUGAAAUGACGAUAAUAAUAGUACCCACCUUACAAGGUCCUGGUUGAAUUCAAUCAAAUAAUACGUGUAAAGUGUUUAAAA